AUGACUCGAAGAGAGGGCGGAAAAUUCUGCGCCAAGUCUCCAAUUAUUACUAUUGAUAUAGAAAAGGAAGCUGGAGAAAAAAAACCUGUUGAAGAUCAACCUGUAGAAGAGUAUGACUGGGAGCUCUUAGAUUUAGAUACAGAUACAAUGAUUGCUGCGUACUAUAAUAGCUUUCUGACAUGGAGACCAGAUACAGAAAAAAAUUUGCGUGGACUCUACAAAGAAGACUCGAGAUCAUCAAUUAUGCGCAACAAGAGAAAAAUGAAAGAAGAGCUUGAGACAAAUAAAGACAAGAAGGUCAGAACACUUGCUGAUUUCAGUUUCUCGGUUCCUGUUGCACCAGUUUCGCCUGUAACAGAAGCAUUAACUGUAUACAAGCAAUCGAAAGAUGAGGAACUUGAAGAGAUUCGUGAAGCUUAUGAGAAAACCUCUGAGAUGAUAAAGCCUCCAGUCAGUUCAGAUAGCGAGUUGGGCAAGUUUGCUUCGUUUGAAGUAAGCAAAUACAUUGUUGUGAAAAAGUAUUUCCGACGCCUAUUGAACAAUUGCAAGAAAAUCGAGGCAUCUGAAAAAGCAGCAGAGAUUUUUUGGACAACACCUUCCAAGUACCGUGGAGAGGCUGUCUGCGGUUGGGCCAAAGAAUUUCUUCAGUUUGGCAAAAUUUCUGAACAUCAACAGGGCAAGCAUGCCAAGUGGUCUUCAAUUGUAGACAAUGAAGACCUUAAAAAGAAAGCAAUCGUUUGGCUUCGUGCUCAAAAAGCAGAAAGACAAACUGUUGUGGAUUUGAAAAAGUAUCUUGAUGAAAUGCUUUUUCCAUCAUACCUUGGUGUAAAAGGCAACGUGGCCAUAAGCACAGCAUGGAAAUGCAUGAGAGCUUGGGGGUACGUCCACCACAAGAACAACCAGAACGUAUAUUACGAUGGACACAAAAGACAAGACAUUAACCAGAAGAAGCUGGUUAUAGUGACCCAUGACGAGUCCACCUUUUAUGCCCAUGAUGGAAAGGUGGACAUGUGGCUUGAGGAAGGUGAAAGCCACAUCCGCAAAAAAGGUCAGGGAAGAUCUCUGAUGGUCAGCGAGUUUCAAGAAGACAUGCUUGACCAGCUGAAGAACCAUGCUAUCCCUCUGUUCGAAAGCUUGCACGAGGGAUGCACUGGUGUCUUCAUUUUUGACCAAAGCAGCAACCACAAAGCAUAUGCCACAGAUGCCUUGGUUGCCACCCGCAUGGUUCUAAAGCCAAAGGUCGUUUCUGAAAAUGACCUUGUCAUUUUCAAAGAUACAACAUUUUUGAGGGAUGGACGUAUUAUCCCUCAAUCGUUUUAUGAGACAGUUUUUGAAGCUGGAAGGGAAGGAAAGGGGCCGGUGGAGAAGAGACAAUUUGUUAGUGUCCAGCAGAUCCUUCAGGAGCGUGGACUAAGAUGGAGAAUGGACUGCAAUGAAGAAGAAGCAGAGAACCACUGUUGCUGUGCCCGCCACCUCUUGGCCUCUCAGCCCGACUUUUCUGGACAGAAGUCAGCUAUUCAAGAGGUGGGUGCAGCCAAACGUGUGGCUUGCCUAAACUGCGAUUAUUCUUUCAAGUCAUUAGAAAAGAAUCUCCUGUCUUUCUUGGACAGUGCCUCUCCUGUGGCUGGUUCUCCUUCCAUGAUCAGGAGAUUUUAUAAAAAGACUUGGAGAUAUAUUGAAGCUUACAGCAAGUUUUUGGAUGCUAAGGAUGCUGAUGCUGAGGUGAAGAAAUUCAUCUCAAGAAUCAGUAAAUCUCACUGCAGCAUUGGCAUCCAUGAUUAA